AUGGAGGUCAAGGACCUCUCUAAGACCUUGGAGACACCCUCGGGGACCCCUCUGGAUGUUAGGGACCCCUUAGAUGAAGAUGAUGUGGACAUGGAGGUGGUGAGGGCUUUGGGGUGUGCCUGGCACCCCGAGCACUUUGUCUGCGCCCGCUGUGGGGGGGAGCUGGGGGGCGGCAGCUUCUUCGAGAAGGACGGGGUGCCCUACUGCCCACGGGACUACGGACGGCUCUUCUCCCCUCGCUGUGCCCGCUGCACCCAGCCCAUCCUCGAUAAAAUGGUGACGGCACUGGACAAGAACUGGCACCCGGAGCACUUCUGCUGCGUCAAGUGCGGGCAGCCCUUCGGCGAGGAGGGCUUCCUGGAGAAGGAUGGCCAGCAGUACUGCCGCCAGGACUUUGCCGAGCUCUUCUCCAGCCGGUGCCGGGGUUGCGGGCGGCCCAUCCUGGAGGGCUACAUCGCCGCCCUCGAGGGGCUCUGGCACCCCGAGUGCUUCGUCUGCCGGGAGUGCUUCGCGCCCUUCGUGGGGGGCAGCUUCUUCGAGGAUGGUGGCCACCCCUACUGUGAGCGGCACUUCCACGCCCGGCGGGGCUCGCUGUGCCGGGGCUGCGGGGAACCCAUUGCCGGCCGGUGCGUCACCGCCAUGGCCCAACGCUUCCACCCCGAGCACUUUGUCUGCGCCUUCUGCCUCCGGCCCCUCUCCAAGGGCACCUUCCAGGAGCAGGAGGGCAAGCCCUACUGCCAGCCAUGCUUCCUCCGCCUCUUCGGGUGA